AUGGCGGAGGCUAUGCUGAGUAUUAACACACCAAUUGAAUUUGAUUCAUCAAUAUCUCACUAUGAGAUCCAUGCACAUCAGCCCUAUGGUUCAACAACAUUUGGAAACAGUGAUGAAAUUAGAAUCAACAUACAAAAUCAGGAUAUUUUUAUUUUGCCAUGCAAAAGUUCAUUACACAUUUCCGGAAGAUUAGUGACCGAAAAAAAUGAUGGUAGUGUGGCAGCGGCUUUGACUACUAAAAUUGUUAAUAAUGGUAUACUUCAUCUUUUCGAUAAAAUAAGAUAUGAAAUGAAUGGUGUUGAGAUUGAUAGGAGUAAAAAUACUGGCAUGACAAGCACUUUAAAAAAUUAUCUGUCAGUAAAUCCAGAAUUAAAUUUAGAGAAUUCUGGUUGGCUUGGUACUAGCGAUGAUAUAUCAUUGACUAACACUGAUGGAUACUUUGAUGUUUGUAUACCAUUACAAAUGUUUCUUGGCUUUGCUGAAGACUAUAAAAAAAUUAUUGUCAAUGCUAAGCAUGAAUUGAUAUUAAUUCGCUCAAGAAGUGAUAUGAAUGCAUGUAUUGGAAUUGGUGGGGCAGAAGAAAAAGAUUUGAAAUUUCAGAUAAGCAAGAUUGAAUGGCUAGUGCCAUAUGUUAAAUUAUCUGAUAAGAAAAAAAUUGAUAUGAUGAAAUUUAUUCAACGAGAUCCACCAAUUUCAAUGAGUUUUCGAGCAUGGUGUCUUUUUGAAUGGCCAAUUUUACCUCCAACUAAUAAGCAUGUAUGGUCAAUACAAACAAGACUUUGGUGA